AUGUUUAACUCAGGCUCGGAGUACGAUCGUAACGUUAACACAUUUAGCCCAGAUGGCCGUCUUCUUCAAGUAGAAUAUGCUAUUGAAGCUGUUAAACUUGGAUCCUCUGCUGUCGCAAUUCUUUGCCCAGAAGGUGUAAUUUUCGCUGUCGAGAAGCGUCUUUCAUCACAACUUCUCAUCGCAAGUUCAGUAGAAAAAGUCUAUGCAAUCGAUGAUCACGUUGGUGUUGUUAUGGCAGGCUUAGCUGCUGAUGGCAGAACAAUGGUUGAACAUAUGCGCGUUGAAGCCCAAAAUCAUCGCUUCUCAUUCGAUGAACCAAUCGGAAUUAAAGCAGUUACACAGAGUGUUUGCGAUCUCGCUCUUGCUUUCGGUGAAGGACGCCGCAAGAAAGGCGAUGGACAAAUGUCUCGUCCAUUCGGUACAGCUCUUCUCGUAGCAGGUAUAGAAAAUGGCAAGUGCCACCUCUUCCAUACAGAUCCUAGUGGUACAUAUACUGAAUGCCGCGCUCGCGCAAUUGGAGGCGGCAGUGAAGGUGCUGAAGCACUUCUUAGAGAUUUGUAUAAGGAUGGAAUGACACUUCACGAAGCUGAAGAUCUCGCCCUCUCUACCUUACGCCAAGUUAUCCAAGAAAAACUUAACGAAAAUAACGUUGAAGUUGCUUGUGCUAGAGUAUCCACAGGCAAAUUCGAGAUCUAUACAUCUGAACAACGCCAGGAAAUUGUAGCAAGACUUCCUCCACCAAUUAUUCCAGAGUAA